AUGGCUAACAACGACGAAGAUGCCUCCUCUCCUACAAGAAAAGAAAAAAAUUCUGAGCGUGAGAAUUCUGUGCAGCCCGACUCAAGAAAUUCAAGUUCAUCUGAAUCCUCAAUAGCUUUAUCUGAUCUUGCUUCUCUCAUUUUGGGUUCAAGAAGCGGAGAGAACACAAGAAACAGAUUCUCUGGAAAUCCUUUACAAGAUUUACUUAUACAACUUUCUUCUGAUUUAGCUGAGGGAAACGGGUCGGCACCCUUAAGUUCUUUUGGUUUUCAUUUCGUAUCUAACGGAGGAGAAUUAGAGAAAAUAAUUAAGACUUUAAAAGACUCUAAUGAUUCUGAACUUCGGAUAAAUUCUUUGUCCCAGUUAUGUGAAUAUUUAUCCAUGGCCACCGAGGAUACAUUACUGAACUUCCCUUUAAAUGAUUUUCUUCUAGUAUUUAUAGAAAUAUUAAGCGAAGAAGAAUCUCCAGAAAUAACAUUAAAGGCCAUUAGAGCACUUUGCUAUGUUAUGGAAGUCUCUCCUUCCUUGAUCAGCAAGAUUGUUUCAUUUUCCGAUGGAUCUGUGCUAAAAAUAUUAGGAGAUAAAUUAUUGGCCAUUAGCUUCAUUGAUGUUGCUGAAGAAUCCAUCACUGCUUUUCAUAAGAUUGCUAACGAAGGCAGUUUUAGCGAAGAACUUUUGUCUUGUGGAUGCAUUCAAGCUAUGAUCAACUUUAUUGACUUUUUUGAUUCGAAUUUACAGAUUAUAAUUAUUGAAAUAGUAACCAGCGUUUGCAAAGGUUUUCCUGAGAAUCACUUUAACACGUUACUUGAAAUUAUGCCAGCCUUGACGCAGUUGCUGGACAGCAGCAAUAAAAUUAUGGCGCAAAAAGUGAGUUUAUGCUUCUUUAGAUUGAUUAGCCAAUUUAAUUCGGACGAAGAAAAACUAGAUGUUUUAUUCUCGGCCGGUUGCGCGACGACCCUGCUUGCGCUAUUGGAGCAGAACUCCGUCGACUCUUUGGAUGGCCACUCUGCUGAUAUCCGCCUCUUUUGCGCUCAGAGUCUAGCGAUUCUCUGGUCGAACAGACCAAAGUCUCUUUUUUUAUCCGGGAAUUCCCACUUGGAAACUUUGAUUGGUCUUCUCCAGCUGGCCCGGCACCAAUUACAAAGCUCCAGCGAUGUCUCCCACGCGACCUACCUCCAUGCGCUUCUUGGCUUGUUCAAUGAACUUCUUCCGGGGGCUGGCCUUUUACAGCAAUGCCCUUUAUUUUGCCAGACAAGGCCACGUGAAGGGGAGGAUAUCGUUGUACAAGGCGCAUGCGUCUCCUAUUGCUUGAAAGAAGCUCUUCCAUUGGCGUAUGACUUAUUUGAGACGGCAGUGUCUCCCGCCCUCAAAGUUCAGUGUCUUCUCACUUUACUAAAGCUUUGCUGCCUCGACUCGGCAUCGUCCCUUAUUUGUUGCUCAGCUCUCAAUUCUGCUACAUCCUCGCCUGAUUUGAUAGCGUUUACCUCCACCCUUUUAGCCAAUCGGCAGGAUGCUCGCUAUAUAGCGAUUGGACUACUCAUGACUCACGUUCUUCUGUCCAAGUCCGACAGCAUAGACAAAUUUAUACACGAGGGUGUCCCUCAAGAGAUUUAUGCGUUAAAGAAACUUCGGUUCAAGUCUGAGUGGUUCCAUUUUCUAGUGAGGACCAAUGACAAGCAGCAACUAAAGUCCACGGAAAAGUGGGUCAAUGCUGCCGCAAAGGAGACGCACGCUACUUAUUUUUCGAAUCUGGUGGCCGACUGCCACCGCGCUGCCCUUGCUGAGGUUGUAAGACACUUGUCCGACCCGUCUUCCCUCUCAUGUGCUUUGACUGAUUUAAAGUUAUUAUUAUUAUUAUUAUUAUUAUUAUUAUUAUUAUUAUUAUUAUUAUUAUUAUUACUUCCGUAA